CCUUCCCCGUCACGAAUCCCACCGCUGCAGCAGUGACGGUGGAGGCCACUGCACUUGCUACGUCUUCAAUAUCUUGCCAUUCGUUCACACUCGCGUCAACGUCUUGUCCAGCAUCGUAAACUAGUCGAAAGGACUGCUAUAGAGCACCUGAAGUUCGGCGCCUUGGUCUGCUUGCAAGUUGGAAGAUGCAACGGGAGCAUGUCGUCCUAGAAAUCGAUUUUUCUGGUUGUCUCUGGGGCUACACAGAACUUACUUUAGUUCCAAAUAACGCGAAUCUAAAGACAAUCCAUCUUCACGCUAGACAAUGUACAAUUCAUUUUGUCACAGUUGCUUCUCAUCAAGCCGAUUUCGUGCAUGGUGAUCCGCUUGCCAAUAGAAAGAUCUACACGGCCCUUGCUGAGGGAGAUGAAGGCGAGCUGUCUAUCGCGAUACCAAAAGAGGUGCCGUUGAGGCAAGUUGGCCAAUCCGGUCAUUCUACCGCAAGUGGUAUCUUGAGCGAAACUGCUACGCCUGAGCCCCAGACACCAGGCCCCUCUUUCCAAGCCCCAACGGGACCGGAGUUUAUGCCUAUCGUUGUCCACAUCGAAUAUAGUCUGAGGAAUCCCAUAGAUGGUAUCCAAUUUGUCCUUCCUACAGAUGCUUACCCAUAUCGCGUUCCUCACGCGUUUACUACUCCUUCCUCCCCGGAUGCGGCGAGAUGUUGGGUGCCAUGCAUUGACAAUCCAUGGGAGAAAUGCACAUGGGAGUUCGAGUUCGUGGUUCCUCGGUACUUGGAAGAACCAGAUCCGGUACAGCAGAGCGAUGACGGUGAUUUCGGUGAGCCGCACGGUUCUAUCCCCACAGUUGUCGUGUGUACGGGAGAUCUUGUGGAGCAGGUCUCCCAUCCAAACAACUCGAAUAAAACCAUCUUUCUCUUCUCGCAGACGGUUCUGACGUCGGUACAGCAUGUUGCAUUCGCUGCUGGCCCCUUCCACGUGUAUCAAAUUCCGUCUGAGACAACUAUGGAAGAGCCAGCUGGCGCUGCACAACCUGCAAUGCAUGCAUUCUGUCUACCUGGACAUGAGUCUAUGUUGCACACGUCGGCAUCCUUCCUUCGCUUGGCGAUGAAUUUCUAUAGCACUGACUUCGGCUCAUAUCCAUUCGGGUCUUACAAGAUUGUCGCCGUAGAUGAUUUGCCUACUCAACGCUUCGAUGCUGCAACGUUGUCGCUUGUUACUAUCGAUCUUUUGCAUGGGGAUGAUGCCAUCGAACAGGUCGUAGAAACACGCCAAGCUCUCAGCCAUGCCCUUGCUUGUCAGUGGAUGGGCAUCAAUAUCUUGCCAAAGACGUGGUCGGACACCUGGCUCGUCAAUGGCUUAGCUUUGUAUAUCACAAGCCUUUUCAUUCGAAAGCUCCUGGGGAACAACGAGUACCGUUACAGGCUUAAACGAGACAUGCAGCGCGUCGUAGAGUGGGACAGUGGCUCGAUGCCGCCAAUCUGCCAACCACAACACUUGGAUCCGCCAGACUCAGCCACUUUACCGUUCGUUAAUCUGAAGGCUCCGCUUGUCCUUCACAUACUUGAUCGGCGGCUUGGAAAAUCGGGGACUUCACUUGGCCUCUCGCGAGUCUUGCCCAAGAUUUUCUUAUCUGCUAUCAGUGGGGAGCUUCCAAACAAUGCUCUGUCCACGCAUUCCUUUCUUAGGACCUGUAGAAAGGUGAGCGGUGCUGAUCUACGCACCUUCGCAGAACAGUGGAUAUAUGGAAGUGGAUGCCCCGCCUUUGGUUUCACAGCAACGUUCAAUAGGAAGAAGAUGGCAGUUGAGAUUACAAUGCGCCAGGAUGCUCCUGCUUAUCGUGCGCACGAGCAUAAUGCAGUGUCCAAAACGUUGUUGAAGCCUGUGCCUUUCUUUGAGGGUCAAAUGACUGUACGAAUUCACGAAGCUGAUGGAACUCCUUACGAACACGUUCUUGAUAUCCGUUCUACCUUCAAGCGCUAUGAGGUGCCCUUUAACACGAAAUACAAGCGUAUCCGCCGGAACACCAAACGGUAUCUUGCUCGACAGCAAGCUGCGCAGGCGGCGGCUGAGGGCGAUGCUGAGGCUGCUGAAGCAAUGGGUCUCAUAGAUAUGGGCUUCGGACUUGAGAUUUGGGAGAAUGAGAAAGAACGGGAGAAUUGGAAGGUUGCAGAUUGGACGGAGGAGGAUGAGCAAGUGAUGUCUGGAGCCACAUAUGAAUGGAUUCGCAUGGAUGCCGAUUUUGAGUGGAUUGCGGCUAUCGCCUUCGAACAACCAGACUUCAUGUGGGUGUCGCAAUUGCAACGCGACAGGGAUGUCGUUGCGCAGCUCGAGGUAUGUCCCAACCAGCUGUCCACGCACUUGUCGAGGCAACCUACGGCCAUCGUAUCCAGUACAUUUACCAAGACAGUGUUGGUCACCAACUAUUACUAUCGGAUUCGGUGUGAAGCAGCCCUGGCAUUAGUGCAUUGUGCCAUCCGGACGCUUAAUUUCCUAGGCUUGUUUCAUCUGUUUAAGCUCUUCCUACGAUAUUGCUACGACCCUGAGGAUCCAGCUCAGGACCUCUUUGCACAUACGUAUGUCCCCAAGCCAAACGACUUCUCUGAUCUUUCGGAGUACUCUGUCCGUAAGAGCCUUGUCCAGGCUAUAUCUAAGGUCCGCUUCGAGAAUGGAAAGACGCCCUCCGUGGUUCGGCAGUUCCUUAUCGACCAACUGAGGUACAAUGACAAUACUGCAAACCCUUAUUCCGACACUUUCUACAUCUGCACCCUUAUAUCAUGUGCAGCAUGCGCUUUGGUAUCGACUGCUCCGCCUGAACGUGGUGAACUUCUCCGAGAAGAAGUGCGAUCCGAGCAGACUGCCGAGGAUGUUAACCUGUUAAAACAGGCCGUUGAAGAGGCGAAUAGGUAUAAGAGCAUGGAUAGGCUUAUCCCCUCACCUCACAAUGUGGUAUCAAUAGCAGUGUUGGAGGUAAAAGGAAAUUACACGCAAGUCCGGAUCGCCGCAUUCGACGGGUUAUUCAUGUCGAAGCAGUGGUACACUCCCGCUAUUAUGCGAUAUAUUUUGGCUGUCAUGGCUAAUGACCCCUGCCGAGUCAUAAGGCGCCAUGUGGCUCGAUGCGUGUGCCAGAGCUUGGCCCUUCUGGUGACCAUGGGCGAGAUGAAAAACGCAAUGAAGGAUUCAGAGUCUUUACUCAUCGAAGAGGAUGGGUCCGUUCAAGAGAAAGCGAAAGAGAACAAGAAGAGCGAUGUGGACUUGAUGAUCAAAGUCCUUCGUAAAGACCGAGAAAUCGGCAAGAAUGAGGUUUUGCGGGAGUUCUUAAUGCCCAUUGCACUGGCUCCUAAUGUUGACCAUGAAGUUCGAUGGGGUAUAAUCAAGCUCGCUGAUAUCGUUCUGCGGGGUGUCGAGGAAGCUCCGCCGAAAGUGACCAUUCACUUACCUCCGACACCCAUUGCGGAGCAACCACCGCCAAUCAAGCUCCCUCCCAAAGUGGCAGCGCGGCCAGUCAAAACCAGCGGUCCGCCUACGCGAAGCCCACUCGUCCCCGCGCCUGCGCCUCCCAAACUGAAGAUUGCGCCUAGCGGGUCACAAGUCCGUGCUUCUUCCUCGACUGCUCCUGUCGCCCCCCCACCGCAUGUUCCCCGAACUGUGCCUCCACCGGCCGCGAAGAUCAAGCCGAAGCUGAAAGCCCGGCAGCCAAUGGCAAACGGCGUCAAAGCUCCUCAAGUUCCCAAGGCGCAAUCCGGCGGAAUGAGCCUAAAUGACUUGCGUGCUUGUCGCAAUGCACUGAAGAAACUGAGAUUGCACAAAAAUGCGGCAAUCUUCUUACAGCCAGUGGACCCUGUCCGAGACCAUGCACCAAACUACUACGAGGUUAUCAAGAAUCCUAUGGACUUGAGUACGAUAGGCGCUAAGCUGGAAGAGGGGAUGUACAAGGAUCGCUUUGCGCUCGAAGCAGAUUUCCGUCUCAUGGUUUCGAAUGCGAAACAGUACAGUCCGCACGGCACGUUUGCACAUACGGAAGCCAUUAACUUCGACAUCUUCUUCGAAAAGCUGUGGAAUCGCAUCAAUAAGACUCUUGAAGUCGCGGGCAAGACCUCCGAGUCACGAUCCGCAGUCCCGCAAAUCGAUACGGCCAAACAGUCUUCAUCGAAGUCCACUGUGGAGGUACCAACUACAACUCCUACUGCUCCCGCACCGCAACAAAGACGAAUUGUCAAGCUAAAGGUCGGCGGUACUCAGGCUAAAGCUGCCGAGAAGGCUCAGGAAAAACCCAAAGCCCCUGUCGUGGCCAAAGUGCGCAAACCUAUCCUACCAGACGAGGCACCACCGCCUUACGUCGACGACGGGUCCCACGAUCUUCUUCAAGAGGUUAUUGCAAUUGAACGGGAGAGAAACGAGGAAAAGCGACAUCGCAAACCUAAGGAAGUCGUUCGAGAUGUUUCUCCCAGCAGAGCUUCUGGAAGUGGACCUCCUGGGAAGCGCAGGAAACAUAAUGUGGACGGAGACGAUGACAUUCUGGCCCUUGCUACACCGCUUUCACGGAAGGAUAAGGCCAACGCGCCGUGUGUGACAUCGGGGACGUCCACCCCAGCUCCAGAACUCUCUGUUACUCCAACAUUGAAGAUAAUUCCUCCCGCAGCGAAAUCCAAGAAGGAGAAGGCUCCUGAACCGGCAGAAAUCUCCACACCAGCGGCAGAGGCACCUCGCACAUCAAACAAGGGUAAGGAAAAGGAAAUUCAUAAUAACCAAGUCGCUCCCUCCAAGCCACGACCGACAACUGCUGCCAUACCCCUCAACGAGAAGAAAUGUCGGGAUAUCCUGAAGGCUCUUUCCAGGCUUCCUGAAUACCCUAUCUUUGGGCAACCCGUAGACCCAGUGAGGGAUGGGUGUCCUACGUACUUCGACGAGAUUGCUCACCCGAUGGAUUUUGGCACGAUGGGUCAAAAGUUGACCGAAGGCAAAUACGUUACCAUGGAGGAGUUCGCCAAAGACGCGGAGCUGGUGUUCAGUAACUGCCGACAAUUCAAUCCUCCUACCACAUAUCCCGUUAAUUGCGCGGACGCUGUCGAAAAGGUGUUCAAGAGAGAAUGGAGUAAAGCUUUUGAGAGGAAGCUCUCUUGGGCGGAGAAGCGAAGCCUACAAGGACUCGUGACAUCCUUGGUCAAGGAUGAAAUCUCAUUCGUGUUCCGGGAACCUGUGGAUCCGGUUUUGCUUGGUAUCCCGACCUACUUCCAAAUCAUCCCCAAGAAAGAUGCGCGCGAUCUGCGGACGAUUCGCCAGAAGCUAGACACCGACAAGUACGACACUAUAGAAGCGUUUGAGACCGACAUGGACCUCAUGAUCCGGAAUGCCAUCACGUUCAAUGGGAUUGAGUCAGAGGUUGGGCGGAUUGCAGUCAUCGUCAAGGACAGGUAUAAGGAUAUGUUGAGCAACAUCAAAUGCGGGGGUGGCACGAAGCGGCGGAAAGAGGCGGAUGGGAAGGGAACGCCGCAACCGUCCAAGAAGGCCAAGCUCGGCUGAUACAUGAGUACUUGAGCACCUCCCUGCUUGGAGUCUUUGACUGCUGGACGAACACCCGAUCUGCUACUCUACGAGGUCCUUAUAAUUGCAUCAUAUCUAUCGUCGUUUAUGCUUUGGUUAUGCUGUGUAUCUGCUUUUGUAUCGCAUGCAAUAAUGUCAUGCAUUGGCUCAACGGGGAGAGUAGUCUAUCGCAGGGA